AUGGCUGGAACUUCGUUUCUGCUUGGAUGGGAGGUUCCAGUUUGGGCUGGACUGGACGUGCCUGGGCCGGGAAAUGUGAUUAUGGAAAUGAAGUAUAUGUGUACCUGGAAAGAAAAAUCAUGGACUGUAUCUUUAUUCUGGCAUUAUACUGUGACUGGGAAGUAUAGUGUCAAAAGUGGUUAUUGGUUAUCUCAAAGUAAAAUCUCGAGACAACAUGGAGAUGUAAGUGGGUCAGCUAAUUCAAUGGAUUUGCUAUGGUCGUCCAUCUGGUCAUUGCGAGUUCCUAAUAAAUUGAAGGUUGGUACUUUUAAGGAGUUAUAUCGAUAUGUUUCCUCGGUUUUGACUAAUGACGAGCUAGUCUUCUUUGUUUUUUUGAGUUGGGGAUUAUGGAGCUCUCGUAAUGAUCUUUUACAUUCUGGUCAAAUUACUUCAUAUCUUAGUUUGUUGGCUCAUACCCGAAAGCUUGUUUUGAAAUAUCAACGGGCUAUUGUUUUAAUGUCUUCUCAUGUUCCGGCAACUAAUAUUGUGCGGUAUUGGUCUCCACCUAAUGAUAAUUUUGUGAAGAUAAAUGUUGAUGGUGCUGUCAAUUUGCUUAUUGGUUUUAGAGGUUUGGGGGUUGUCAUACGAGAUAGUAUGGGUGAUUUAAUGCUAGCUGCCUGUAAAGGUCUUCAUGGCGUGUUUUCUCCUAAAGCUACUCAACUUUAUGCAACAAUUAUGAGAUUACUGAUUGCAAGUCAAAUGGGACAUCGUUCUAUCAUUUUGGAAAUGGAUACCAAAGAGAUUAUUAUGAAUCUUCAAACUUAUGAGCAAAGUUGGUCGGUGGAGGGUGCUUUAGUGAAUGAAGUCCGGGGCCUAUUUAAUCGUUUUGAUCAUAUUUCUUGUUACUUGCUCCUCAGGAGUGUAACCAAGUUGCUCAUCUAUUGGCUAAGCAGGCGCUCCUGUCUCAGGACUUUCAAGUGUGGUUAG